AUGGCGAUGGCCGUGGGAUCAACCAGACCUCCGAGACUGACUCACCGCUACCGCCACCAGCCUCAGACUGUUACAGCAGCCAGCAUCUGGUCAGACAGAUGCUGCUGCGGCCAGACUCUGACCUACCACUGCGGCAAGGGCAUCGACGUCGAGGCAGCGACGACAGGAGUGGUGGAAGAGCCGUGGAGUCCAGCCAAGCAUACCCAAGCCUCACCUACCAAUGCCUAUGGAACUAUUGAGUUCCAAGGUGGUCCUCAUCCGAGCAAAGCACAGUACGUGCGCCUCGCAUACGACACAAGACCUGAGCUGAUAGUGCAAUUAUUCACUCGUGAAUGGAGUCUUGAGUUGCCAAAGCUGCUGAUCACGGUACAAGGUGGUAAGGCUAACUUUGAACUGCAGCCAAAGCUAAAGAAAGUUCUGAGAAAGGGACUUCUAAAAGCAGCGAAGACAACUGGUGCGUGGAUAUUCACUGGUGGUACAAAUACUGGUGUUACAAGACAGGUUGGUGAUGCACUGUUGUUGGAAAGGUCUCAACGUAGUGGUCGUGUCAUCAGCAUUGGCAUUGCCCCAUGGGGAAUUGUUGAAAAUAACCAUGAACUCAUUGGGCAUAACAGGGAUGUACCAUAUCACUCUAUUUCUUCACCCAGGUCAAAACUGGCUGUUCUCAAUAGCCGCCAUGCAUAUUUUCUUCUGGUUGAUAAUGGAAUAACUGGAAAAUAUGGUGCUGAAAUAAUACUCAGGAGAAAGCUUGAAAAAUAUAUAUCUAUUCAAAAGCUUCAUCCAGGUACACACUGUAGCACACCAGUGGUAUGUUUAGUAAUUGAAGGUGGAACAAACACAAUAAGAGCGGUUCUGGAAUAUGUCACAGACAAUCCACCAGUACCUGUGGUUGUGUGUGAUGGCUCUGGUCGUGCAGCUGAUCUCCUAGCAUUUAUGCAUAAGUAUGCCUCUGAAAAUGGAGAAGCAUCAGUCCUGGAAAACAUGAAAGAGUAUCUUAUUACAACAAUCCAGAAAACAUUUGAAGUCAGCCUAGAACAAGCAGAAUGCCUGUAUUCUGAACUUUUACAGUGCAGUAGAAAAAAGAAUUUGAUCACAGUUUUUCGGAUCACAGAUCGUCCAGAAGGCAAAUCCCAGGAACUUGAUCAAACAAUUCUUACUGCUCUUUUUAAGAGCCAACAUUUAUCUCCUUCAGAGCAAUUAAGUCUUGCUCUUACAUGGAAUCGUGUGGACAUUGCACGUUCAGAAAUAUUUGUUUAUGGCCAAGAGUGGCCUCCUGGUGCCCUUGAAGAAGCCAUGAUGCAAGCUUUGGAACAUGAUCGCAUAGAUUUCGUUAAACUCCUCCUCGAAAAUGGUGUUAGUAUGAGGAAGUUUCUUUCCAUACCUCGUCUUGAAGAGCUUUACAAUACAAAACAAGGUCCUACGAAUACCUUGGGCUACAUAUUGCGUGAUGUUCGACCUCACAUUCCUCGGGGCUAUGUUUACACAUUACACGAUAUUGGAUUAGUUAUAAACAAAUUGAUGGGUGGAGCUUACAGGUCUUACUACACUAGAAGAAAAUUUCGCUUGAUAUAUGCAAAAGUUAUGAAGAAGUCACCACAUGUGCACAGAAACAGUGCUUCAUUCAUACGUUAUUAUGGAAACACAAAUCUGACUCUCAGCUUGCUUGCUGAGACACUGCCAGCCACAAAAGAAACAGCCCUCUUUGAUUACCCAUUUAAUGAACUGCUGACAUGGGCUGUGUUAACCAAGCGACAGCAGAUGGCUUUGCUCAUGUGGCAGCAUGGUGAAGAAGCAUUAGCCAAAGCUUUAGUAGCUUGUAAACUGUACAAAGCAAUGGCUCAUGAGGCUGCCGAAGAUGAUCUGGAAACUGAAAUAUAUGAAGAGCUCAGAAAUUACGGCAAAGAAUUUGAAAAUAUUGCUUUGGAGUUACUGGACUAUUGUUAUCGCCAAGAUGAUGACCAGACACAACAAUUGUUGACUUGUGAACUACAGAACUGGAGUGGGCAGACAUGUCUCAGCCUGGCAGUAGCAGCAAAUCAUCGAGCACUCCUAGCCCAUCCCUGUAGCCAAAUAAUCCUUGCUGACCUGUGGAUGGGUGGGUUACGUACACGGAAAAAUACAAAUUUAAAGGUCAUACUUGGACUAAUAUGUCCAUUUUAUAUCGUCACGCAACUUGAAUUCAAAUCCAAAGAAGAAUUGCUCCUCAUGCCUCAAACUGAGGAAGAGCAUAUGGUUGGUCUAGAAGAAGAAACUGAAAGUGUAGAAGGGCAUACAAAUGGAGGACAUAGAAACACAGAGCCUGAUGCAGAGAAGAAGCCAAGAAAGUUUAGCAUCAGGAGCAAGUCUUCCAGUCAGCAGGGUAUCAAGGCUUUAAUAGCUCAUGACAGUGUAGCAAUGAGAGACACAGUUGUCCAAGAAAAUGGAAAAGUACUUGCUGAAGGAGAUGAUUCAAGCCAGAUUUUUCACAUGCCCUUAGAUUUCUAUGAAAUUAAAAAUAACAGACCACUUAGAAUGCAGAAAAAGCUUUAUGAAUUCUACACAGCUCCAAUAACAAAAUUCUGGGCACAUUCGAUUGGUUACAUGGUGUUCCUUGUAAUUUUUACAUAUGUGGUCUUAAUAAGAACAGAGCCUAAUCUCAGCUGGCAGGAAAUAUAUGUUGUGGCAUAUAUCUGUACACUAGCAUGUGAAAAAAUUAGAGAAAUCAUAUCUUCAGAACCAGUAGCAAUUAGCCACAAAUUCUCUGUCUGGACAUGGAAUAUGUGGAAUCCAUGUGAUGCUGCUGCAAUCAUCUUUUUCCUAAUAGGACUAAGUCUUCGCCUACGCCCAUCAUCAAUGAAAGUUGGGCGUAUUAUAUUUUGUGUGGAUAUUAUCUAUUGGUACUUACGAAUACUCAACAUCCUUGGUGUGAACAAAUACCUUGGUCCAUUGGUUACCAUGAUGGGAAAAAUGGUGAAGAACAUGAUUUAUUUUGUUGUGUUAUUGCUUGUGGUGUUGAUGAGUUUUGGAGUCUGUCGGCAGUCAAUACUGUUUCCUGAUAAUGAUUUCAGCUGGUCACUUGUGAAACAUAUUUUUUUUCAGCCAUAUUUUAUGCUUUAUGGAGAGGUAUUUGCAAAUGAUAUUGACCCUGCAUGUGGAGAUGAACCUGGUAUGCCAAACUGUCCAAUGGGUAGAUGGAUUACACCAGCUGUGAUGUCAACAUACCUCUUAGUUGCCAACAUCCUGCUAAUUAACUUGUUAAUAGCUGUGUUCAAUAAUAUUUUCAAUGAAGUAAAUGCAGUUUCACAUCAGGUAUGGAUGUUCCAAAGAUUUACAGUUGUAAUGGAAUAUGAGCAGAAACCUGUUCUGCCACCUCCAUUAAUCAUCCUAUGCCAUAUUGCCUUGUUACUGAAGUACUGCAGGCAAAAAGUGAAGGGAGUGAGUAAAUUAUAUGAUAAUGCUCUGAAGUUAUUCUUGGAUGUUGAUGACAUGGAACGUCUGUAUGACUUUGAAGAAGAAUGUGUAGAAGGUUAUUUCCGUGAACAAGAAACAAAAUUGCAAAUGUCAAGUGAUGAAAGGAUUAAGAAUACUGCAGAACGUGUUGAAAACAUGUAUCAAAAAAUUGAAGACAUUAAUCAGAAAGUUAACAGUCAGACUUCAUCUUCUCAAGCUGUGGAGUUUAGAAUUAGAAAGCUGGAGGAUUUAGCAGAUCAGACACUAUCCCACCUUGCCGUCAUCCACAGAUUCAUGGCAACCCAUGUCAGAGAACCUUUAGCAGAAUUUGCAGAUGUCAGGCUUCGAACAACCACAGAUGAACACAAAACACAGUCAGAUUUAAGUGACCAUACGGACAGACAUUUAAGUGUUCCACUUCUUGGCAGAGAAAGAAGAAGACCUGUCAGAUCACUGACAGAAGUUAGGCCAGAUCCAUUUAUGUUUGGUGAGGGCCUACACUUGCGGUAUGAUGACAAGUCCAAAUCCCCAGAACCCUCAACAUCAAAGCCACUUGAUUUCUUUGAGGAGCAGGAGGAGGAGGAAGCAGAAGAAGAAAAGGAAAGAACACAAUCAUUUGAUAAGGUCAGCAUACAUUCCAAUAGCAAAACCAGAUUUUUUGCCCAUAUUUCAAAGCAUGAAAGUGUGUCUGGAAACUCACUUGCUGAACCUGUAGGCAGUCUCAAAGGAAGUAAAACAGAUUUAGGUGUGGAUGAAGAAAAUUUGGAGUCAGCUACUGCAACAGCAGCAAUACUUCCACCAGCACCACCUUCAAUGGCAACUUCAGAGCCAGCUGAACAAGAUUUGGCACGGAAUGAGUUUAUAAGAAGUUCAUCAUUUGAUCAGCGAACAGAUAAGAAAGACCUCAGUGGGUUCAGAAGACAGAGUUCUGAUGGGUCAGAAAGAGGUAGCAGUUCCCACCGACCACCACUGAUGCCAAGGAGACAGCUGAGCAAAACACAUUCAGAACCAGAAAAUGCCACAGGACUAGAUUCUCUGGAUGGAAUAGAUUUUCCUCGUGUUACUGUGGAGCGCAGUGUCACCUGGGCUGAACCAAGGAUCACUGUAAUCCCUCCAUCUGGAAAUCCUAGAUCAAUGUUGCUGGCUAUGCACACAGAGUACACAAGUAUCACAGAUGAACUGGAAACAGUGUGUGGCCUUCUAAGCCCUCCUCGUACACCUCGCCUUCUUUCACCACCUCGUCCUGGUGAUCAAGCAGUUCCUCACAGAACAAGGCACACAUCAGAGAUGUCAAAUCCUGAGAUGGCUCUUUAUUUGGAGAAAGAACAUUUGCGAGAUGCAGAAGAGAGUGACUACCAGCUGAUGGAAGGGUUAAUUCAACAUCGUAUUCAUAACGAAGAGGAUUCUGUUGAUAGUGCUUUCUAUUUAACAGUAACAAAUGAAGUUCCCGAAUAUCGAAGCCCAAAUCAACCAUCAAGGCCACUACGCCGGAGCAGUGCAAUUGAUGUGAGAGACCUACCCACUCCCACAACUCAGGGUCCCAAUAUGUUUGGUGGUGACACAGAAAUGCAACAGCUGCAGGAAGCAGAUGGUGGAAGCAAAAGUGGAAGCAAAAACAGUUUAGUGCCAACAUCAGAAACAAUGUGUUGAUGCUGUGAAGUCUUAGCUGAUAUGAUUGUUUAAAUUGUGCACUGUGUGUGUGUGUGUGUGUGUGUGUGUGUGUGUGUCAAUAUGUCAGAAAUCUGCCAUUGUGUAAGGAAAAAAAGUGUAAUCAGGAAGUCAUAUCACAAAUUUGCAACAUAAAUAUUUUCAGUUUUCAUGUCAUACGUUUGCUAGCGUAGCACAUAAAUGAGUGACAAAAGUCCUGGAGAUUAGUGCUCAUAAAUUGGAUACAAUUUAAAUAAUGAAUAUAUGCCAGGGCCUAAAUGUUAUUUACAUGUAUCCAUUUUUAGAAGUAUUUCAUUAUUUUCAUCCAAUAAAAUUGUGAAGAAGGAAAGCAGAUGCAAACCAUAUGCUAUUACUUACUGGCAUGACAAUUUAAGCAACUGUAGUAGAUGAAAAGCUGAAUUAUUGAUAUCACUAGAAAUGAUGAACCACAGGUGAAAGUGCAACUGCUUCAUGUGAUUGUGUAGAUUCUUCAGUAGUCUGUGACUAAUGGAUUUUUAUUGAUAUGAACAAAAUUGCCACUGUUAUCUGGAUGUGACCAGUCAAUAAUAUGUAUGAUUUGUUGGAAACAUACUGAUCCCUGUGUACAAAUUUUUAUACAAGGUGAUACUUGCUAUGUGGAGGUUUCAGGAUGGACAUUUCAAAUGACAUAUCUUUGGUACCAUUGUAAAAGUGUUAUUUUUUAUGGUAUGAAGUACAUCGGCACUGUCAUUUUCCAUGUAAAACUCAUAGUUGUAUGGCAUGGCGCAUAUGAAACUAAGACUCUAUUAACUAUUCAUCUUAUUAGUGGAGACAGUAUAGUUUCGAUAACUUGUUCUUAUAUCACAAGAGGCAUCACUGCACAGCUGUUUUUUCUUUCUUUUUUUAAAAAAGCAUUUAAAACAAAGUGUGUGUGUGUG